CACGCCGUCUUUAUUAUUUCUGGGCUAUGGGAGCUCUUGAUGGUGCUCCAGCAAGAGAAGUGUGCAUCAAGUGGAUCUGGAGUUGACAACGGCGUUACUGCGAGGCAGAAACGGAGCAACCUGCAGUAAGAGCACAGAGUAUGGCUAGACUUGGGCACAAGGAACAGGAUGGUUUCCUGUCAUGAUUAUGGAUUUAACUCGUUUUCGUCAUUUUGCGUUCCUUUCAUGCACACUGCUCAUCUCAUCACUGGUUGCGACAGAGGGUGCUGUUCUGGACAAGCUGCCUCAAACUGUGGACCAGUGCUCCCCAAACCCUUGCCAGAACCAGGCGAUAUGUCGAACCCGUGGCGAUAGCUACUCUUGUUUCUGUGUGCCGGGUUUUCAGGGUUCUCACUGUCAGAUUGAUGUGAACGAGUGCGCUUCACAGCCCUGCAGGAACGGAGGAACCUGUGAGGACAGAGUGGGUCGAUUCUCCUGUCUGUGCUCUCCUGGUUUCACAGGUGCUACUUGUGAGAUCCAGAUUGACGAAUGUCAAUCACAGCCAUGCUUCAACGGAGGCAGUUGCCAUGACUACGUUGGUGGCUUCACUUGCACCUGUCUCACCGGUUUCCAAGGACAACGGUGUGAAAUCAACACUGAUGAGUGCCAAGAGCACCCUUGCCAAAACGGGGCUCUGUGUGUAGAUGGAGUGAAUGAUUACAGCUGUGACUGCUCUCACACAGCCUUCACCGGUCGACACUGUGAGACACCUCUACCGCCUUGCUACUCUGAACCCUGCUUUAAUAGCGCCAUCUGUAAGGACAAUGGGGGGGACUACACCUGUGAAUGCUGGUCUGGGUUUGAGGGCCGUCAUUGUGAGAUAGACAUCAAUGAGUGUGGCAGCAGCCCUUGCAGAAACGGCGGCAGCUGCAUUGAGAGAUCUUGGCAUGCCUUGUAUGGCAGUGAGCCUCUUCUGCCUGAAAGCUAUGACCACAAACAGUCUGCAGGUUACAUCUGCAGGUGUCCUCCAGGAACAACAGGCUCCCUCUGCCAGGAGGUGAUAAACCAGUGCGAGCCCAAUCCGUGCCAGAAUGGGGGCAGAUGCGAGGGUCACAUUGGGGGCUACACCUGCCACUGCCUCAAGCCGAGUCGUGAUGGCAUCCUCUACGGAGGUGUUAACUGCGAUGUGAAGUUAGUGGGUUGUGAAGGCCAUGAGUGCCAGAAUCAAGGCUCCUGCUCUCCUUUCUUGUUGGAUGGGACUCAUGGAUACACCUGUUCCUGCUCACCUGGGUACGCCGGGCCUCUCUGUAUCACCCCUACAGCUUUUACCUUCGAGCGCAAAGGCUACUUGCUGCUGGAGAGCCCCCUAGUGGGGACUGAAGUGACUUGCAACAUCACUCUCAGCUUCAAGACUUUUCUGCCUAGAGCUCUGUUGUUUCACACCAUCACAAGCGGUCUGCAGCUGAGCCUGGAGCUGGAGGGGGGGCAGCUGCGUCUCACGCUGAGGAGGGAGGCCUCUGCUGGGGCGGAAAGCCCGAGCCAGGUUCUCGAGCUUCCGCACAACGUCACAGAUGGAAAGUGGUAUAGUGUAGAGGCUGUACUUGGAAACUGGGUGCUAAGCCUUAAACUACUAGAUGAUGCCGUGAGGUGUGCGAGCCAGUCGUGCCACAAAGCGGCCGCAGUCCAAAGCUGGCUGCUGGGGUUUGUUUCAUCCCCUCAGAGCACUUUUAUUGGAGGAAUGCCUCGAGACUCGAGCGGCCCCAGUGAGUACGAUGCGUUUACUCCAUUCAUCGGAUGCAUGCGGGACGUGUUUGUGGACUGGCAGCUCGUCAUCCCCGAGCAGUGGCUGAGCGACUCAGCUGUCAACGUGUCCCCGGGCUGCAGCUACAGGGACCGCUGCCUGGAUGUGCCGUGCCAAAACAAAGGAGAGUGCGUAAACCUGUGGCAGAGCUACGAGUGCCGGUGUGCCAGGCCUUAUGAGGGGCACGACUGUGAGGAGGAACAUGUGACUGCCCGCUUCGGGAAUGAAGACGCUUACAGCUUUGCAGCAUUCACCGUCACUGAUGACCUGGUCGACAACUUCUCCAUCUCCUUCUUCCUGCGCACGCGGAGGAGCGGCGGGCUCCUCUUGGUGCUCGCCAACAGCAGCAACGCUUACCUGCACGUGUGGUUGGAAGGUGGCAAGGUCUCAGUUCAGCUCGAUAAAUACGAAAGCCUGAAGUCAGCGGAUGCGAUUGACGAUGGGGAAGCCCACUUUGUGAGCGUAGAGGUGGCGGUGGAUGGUCUUAUCGUGCUGCAUGUGGGGACUCAGGAACAGGGGCAUGUGGAGGUGAGGCCGGUCAGUGUCCAAGCAGGUGACACGGUGUAUGUGGGAGGUCUGCUGGAGGCGAGGGAGACCGCGGCGUUCGGUGGAUAUUUCAAAGGCUGCGUUCAGGACCUGAGGAUCAGCGACAGGAGGCUGCAGUUCUUUGGGCUGGACACUACAGUGAGAUCUUAUCCUCUUGAGAUCAUGGAGAAUGUAACUGUGGGGUGUUCUGGAGACAACCUCUGCAGUAGGAAUCCGUGUCUCAACGGGGGGAUGUGCUACUCCAAGUGGGACGACUUCACCUGUACCUGCCCCCCCAACACAUCAGGGUGGCGCUGUGAAGAGGUGAAGUGGUGCGAGCUGUCCCCAUGCCCCACAGAUGCAGAGUGCAGGAUGCUGAACCACGGCUAUGAGUGUUACUCCAAUGCAACUUUCCUGAACGACAGCACUGUGCUGUCCUACCGGGGGAACGGUCGCAUAUCCCGCAACCUGACAAGCCUCUCCCUAAACCUGCGCACACGGAAGCGUAAUGCAGCGAUCCUACAUGCUGAGGAGGGCUCUGCUUUCAUCACGGUCUCCAUCCAAGAUGGUUUCCUCUUCGUGGAGCUUCAGAGCAUCUAUGGAAAUGACAGCAAAGCGGCGGAGGUGCAGGAGGGCGUAUCUACGGUCAGCCUGAGCAGCAGGAGCAGUGUCAGCGACGGCGAAUGGCACAGUGUCCACUUUCUCAUGGCAGCACCGUGGGCGCAAACCUCUCAGUGGACUUUGGUGCUCGAUGAAGACGUAGAAGAAGCCAGCACUUCCACCAGCCGAGGAGGCAACCUGGACUUCCUCAGAGAGGGGGUGGACAUUCUUGGGGGACUGGCCCCCGACACCGGCUGGUCCCUCGCCGGUUGUCUGGGCACCGUGGAGCUGGGUGGGAUCGCCCUUUCUUACUUCGGCUCCUCUGGCGUGAACUUCCCCCGCACGCAGGAGGAGCAGUUUGUCCAGACGUCGCCACGAGCACCGCUCAUCGGCUGCGGCGGGGCCUCCGUGUGUGAUCCAAACCCUUGUCUGAAUGGCGGGGAGUGCCAGGACCUCUUCAACGCGUACAACUGCAGCUGCCCCGAGGGCUGGGCUGGGAGAUGCUGCGACUUCUUCUUGGACACCUGCGCUUCGAAUCCCUGCGUUCACGGCAACUGCAGCGUCGCCGGGCGGAGCUACGAGUGCGCCUGUGAGCUCGGCUACACGGGCGCGAACUGCGAUGAAGAGGUUGACAUGUGCAAAAACCACCUGUGCGCCCACGGGGGCACCUGCCUGCACGGGCCCGACAGGUACGCCUGCCUCUGUGCGGAGAACUACACCGGACCUCUCUGCAACGAACGCGUUGAAGAAAUUCCGUGGUACAUUGUUGUCAAAAAUGUAAGGCCAAAGCUUCCUGUUUCUGUGUGCGGCGAUGACACCAGAAAUUACACCUGCUUCAAUGGAGGCAACUGCACCGACCGCGAGCUCUCCUGCGACUGUCCACCAGGCUUCAUCGGGCACCGGUGCGAGCAGGAGGUCGACGAGUGCAAGUCCAACCCAUGUCUGAACGGAGGCUAUUGCCGCAACCUCAUCAACAAGUUUGUCUGCGUGUGCGACAUGAGCUACGCUGGAGACAUGUGCCAGACGGACCUGACCUCGGAGGGUUUGACCUCUGACCUCUUGCUGUCUGUCAGUCUGGUGUCCGUCGUCCUGUUGCUGGCCAUCGUCCUGACCUCUGUGGGUGCGGUAGUGGCCCUAAAUCGCCGCGCCACCCAUGGCACCUACAGUCCCAGCCGGCAGGAGAAGGAAGGGUCGCGGGUGGAGAUGUGGAGCAUCACGCAGCCGCCGCCCAUGGAGAGACUGAUUUGAGAUGCAGAAUGUGGUCCAGGUAGCGAUGAAAAAAAAGUGGUGCAGUUUGAACAGGAAGUCUGGAGCUUGGUGGAGACGCGGAGGCUCCACGUUAAAUCACUGCCGUCUGUCUUUAUUUGCAUAUACGCACGCAGGAAGAUCUCGUGACGGCGUUUUCAUUUCCAGCACCUUCAUCCAUCUUUGCGACGCUUUGCACCUGGUUCCACACAAGCGUAUCCAUCUACGUGUGUCACAUCUCUGUGCCUGAUCCAUAUAUUUAGGAUUGAUGGAGCAGCGAACGCUGAAAGGAAAAAACCCGCUGGAAUUUAGGGCACAUGAACGCAUCGUCUUCAAGCCUCAUUUGGAAACAAGUCAGCAUAAACCUGCUACUGUUCUACAUUUUCUUUGAAUGAAUGAAUCAAACAAACCGCUCCGUCUCUCAGUAACACAUCGAACAUCAAUCAUGAAAGCACCGCGAGUGUGUAUAAGAAAGGCUUGGAUCAAGUAUUUUAGAAUAGGCCACAAUGUCCGCACACUGGGCACCGUGGCGCUCUGCGGUGUAGAGGUGGAAGCUAUAAAAGCUGAAUGGGAUUAGUUUACAAUAGGAUGAUUAUAGACUGUGUUUUUAAAAACAUGAAAUCUCUCCCACGUGUGUUUCUGAUGAAUCCACUUCCAUUUUUCAGUGGCAGCUCUUUAAUCCCAGAUUCAUGUUUUAGGAUUAGUAGCAUUACAUUUGUCUAGGCAGCCAUUAAAGUUGUAUAUACUGUAAUGAUUAUUUUUAUUACUGUGAUUUUUCUAUUUUCAACUUUUGAGUUCAAUCAAAAUUUGCUUGUAUAUUAAACUGAGUUUGUUGUCAUUCAUUCGACGUCUACAAAGCAGAACAUCUUACACUUUAUUGUAAAGCAGAACUAUUUCGCUCAUUUCCACGUCUGCAUUUCCAUCCUUGGAUCUCUGAAGGAUUCCUGGGUGUCUUAAGCUAUUCUUGCUCCCGUCCCCUUAAGUAAUGUUCAUUCUUCUGAUUGGCUGCCCCUCGCAAACACAUUUGAGAAGAGUGACAUCAUACAAACUAAACUCUGAGGUUGUUAUUUUGAGCUAUAGCCUUGUUUAUUGAGAACAUCCACCCAAUGAAAUGAUUAAAACUGAUCCACACCACAGGAAGUCCCCGUCUGGUUUGUAAUCCACCUUCGACUGCAGAUGCAGCACAGCCACCAUCAAAUACUGAUUCUGUCCACGUGAGCACAAAGCGUCAGGAGUCGGGAGAUGCAUAAGCAUGAAACAGUAUAAUUUAUUUUCAGUUCACAGUGCAUACAUCGUGUGCAAUUGUACCAGGUUACUCAUCAAUAGCACAUUAGACUGACCUCAGUUAUUUAAGACAGUUGUUUCCUCUGCAGUGGGAACAUGCAAGUGUGCACAGUAUCGGAAAAAUCAGUAAAUGCAUCAUCGAAGAGUUGAUCAUCAUUACGAUUCCCAAACAGGAGACGGGGGAGAUUUUUUUUAAAUUGUUGCCGACUGUAACAUUCAGUGUAAAAGUCGUGACAUCGUCAUCUUUGUAAAGAAGAACCUGUGCAUGAACCCACACUCAGUAAAAGAUGCUACAUAAUCCAUCACCUCACACUCACUCCUAAUACACGAUUUCAGGACAAUCCAAGUACCAGAGUUAGAGGGCUGUCGCUGCACACGCUCAGGGUUCUUUAUUUUAGUGUAAAGCUUCUCAAA